AGUAUGGAAGCCACUGCAAAAUUUGACUUUAAUGCAUCAGGAGAGGAUGAACUGAGUUUCCGGGCUGGAGACAUUCUGAAGAUCUUAAGCUCUCAGGAAGACUGGUACAAGGCGGAGCUGAAGAGUUACGAAGGAUAUGUCCCAAAGAAUUACAUAGAUCUUCAUGUUCCCAGCUGGUUCCACGAAGGAGUAUCCCGUCACAAGGCUGAGAAUAUGCUCAGGGACAAAGGAGUCGGCUCUUUCAUCGUCCGAGCUAGUCAGAACUCCUCAGGAGACUUCUCCAUCUCUGUCAGGCAUGAAGAGGAUGUCCAGCACUUUAAAGUGAUGAAAGACACAAAGGGGAACUACUUUUUAUGGACUGAGAAGUUCCAGUCACUAAAUAAACUUGUGGAGUUCUACAAGGCUGUGUCCAUCUCCAAACAUAUGCAGAUCCUCCUGCGGGAGGACACCAAGAAAGAACAACAGGAAGUGUGUGCUUUGAACCAGGCCAAAAGGGAACAGGAAGGAAUUCACCCACCUGCAAAAGAAGCAGGAGCAUCAGGGCAUAAGAAAGAUGUGGGUCAAUGUACUCCUUGGCAGCACAAACAGGACAGGCGUGGCAGGAGUCUGGAUAUCCAAGAUGUGCCCAAGGGCCAGAAAGCCCACGAAGCAAGUGCGCCAUCCAUGUUCCGGAGGCACACUGAUCCAGCACAGCAGCCACAGCGAUCACGAUGGGUCCGUGCCUUGUACGACUUCGAGGCAAUGGAGUGUGAUGAGCUUGGGUUCUGCGCUGGAGAUGUCAUAGAAGUCCUGGACAACUCUGAUGCCUUGUGGUGGAAAGGUUGUUUACAUGGACAACUUGGUCUCUUUCCCGCCAACUAUGUAGGGCCUAUGACCUGGUGAAUUCACAUCGUUGGUGACUGUGUUUCAAUGAGGUUGCUCUGUCUUAACAGUCGCAGAAGAA